GGGGAGCUGAGGGGGUGCGAACGGGGAGGGAAAGCGGCCAAAAGGGACGGAAAACGGCGAAAAGUGACGGAAAACGGUUCAGAGGGCCCGGAACGGCGGCGGGAAGCGGCGAACGGCAACGGGGGAGAACCGAGCGCGCCCGGAACGGCGGCGGACGGCGACCGGAACCGGAAAGCGCCGAGCACGAGCGGAAAGCGCCGAUCGGUAGCGGAAAAACCCGGACACUGACGGAAAGCUGCGAGCCCGCGCGGAAAAACCCGAGCGAGGCCGAAAAUCAUCGAUCAUUAGCGGAAAAACCCGAGCGGUGACGGAAAAACCCGAAGCGCGGCGGAAAGGCGCCGAAGCUGAGGCGGAAAGCGCCGAGCGAGGGCCGAGCGGCGCCGGAAGUGGCCGAGCGCGGCCGGAAGUGGCCGAGCGCAGCCGAGCGCGGCCUGAGCGCGGCCCGGAGAGGAGCGGGAGGCAGCGGCGGCUCCGUGAGGGCUCCGUGAGGGCUCCGUGAGGGCUCCCCGAGGGCUCCCCCAGGGCUCCGCCGCCGCCGCCAUGUCCGACUUCGACGAGUUCGAGCGGCAGCUGAACGAGAACAAGCAAGAGCGCGACAAGGAGAACCGGCACCGCAAGCGCUCCCACAGCCGCUCCCGCAGCCGCGACCGCAAACGGCGCAGCCGCUCCCGGGAGCGCCGCAACCGCGACCAGCGCAGCGUCUCCAGGGACCGCCGGCGCCGCAGCGCUCCCCCCCGGCACGAGAAGAAAAAGAAAAUCCGGAAAUACUGGGACGUGCCCCCCCCCGGCUUCGAGCACAUCACCCCCAUGCAGUACAAGGCCAUGCAGGCGGCGGGGCAGAUCCCGGCCACGGCGCUGCUGCCCACCAUGACCCCGGACGGGCUGGCGGUGACGCCCACGCCGGUGCCCGUGGUCGGCAGCCAGAUGACGCGGCAGGCGCGGCGCCUCUACGUGGGCAACAUCCCCUUCGGCAUCACCGAGGAGGCGAUGAUGGAUUUUUUCAACGCCCAGAUGCGGCUGGGGGGGCUCACCCAGGCCCCCGGGAACCCCGUGCUGGCCGUGCAGAUCAACCAGGACAAGAACUUCGCCUUCCUCGAGUUCCGCUCGGUGGACGAGACGACGCAGGCCAUGGCCUUCGACGGCAUCAUCUUCCAGGGCCAGUCGCUGAAGAUCCGGCGGCCCCACGACUACCAGCCCCUGCCCGGCAUGUCCGAGAACCCCUCGGUCUACGUGCCCGGUGUGGUGUCCACGGUGGUCCCGGACUCCGCCCACAAACUCUUCAUUGGGGGCCUCCCCAAUUACCUGAACGAUGACCAGGUGAAGGAGCUGCUGACGUCCUUCGGGCCCCUCAAGGCCUUCAACCUGGUCAAGGACAGCGCCACGGGGCUGAGCAAGGGCUACGCCUUCUGCGAGUACGUGGACAUCAACGUCACCGACCAGGCCAUCGCGGGGCUCAACGGGAUGCAGCUCGGGGACAAGAAGCUGCUGGUGCAGAGGGCGAGCGUGGGGGCCAAGAACGCCACCCUGAGCACGAUCAACCAGACGCCGGUGACGCUGCAGGUGCCGGGGCUGAUGAGCUCGCAGGUGCAGAUGGGCGGGCACCCCACCGAGGUGCUGUGCCUGCUCAACAUGGUGCUGCCCGAGGAGCUGCUGGACGACGAGGAGUACGACGAGAUCGUCGAGGACGUGCGCGACGAGUGCGGCAAGUACGGCACCGUCAAGUCCAUCGAGAUCCCGCGGCCCGUCGACGGCGUCGAGGUGCCGGGCUGUGGCAAGGUGAGAGACCCAAAAAAUGGGGAGAUAUCAGCUCACCUGAGUGCCCAGGUGUGCCCAGGUGUGCUGGGAACGGGCAGGAUGGGGAUAGAAAUGGGGCUGGGCACCGUCAAGUCCAUCGAGAUCCCGUGGCCCGUCGACGGAGUGGAGGUGCCGGGCUGUGGCAAGGUGAGAAACCUGAAAUAUCAGCUCACCUGAGUGCCCAGGUGUGCUCAGGU